GGGGCCGGCCGGGGCCACUGCACAGUCGCGUCCUUGGCUGGAGGGCCGGCUGGGGGGAGAGGAAGCACGUUGCCGGAGCCGCUCCCACCCUUCAGUGUGAAGGAGGCGGGUAGCUCCUACCUCCCCACCUCCAUCUCGGUAUCCAACGGAAGCGCCAGCCUGAGGUGGCCGGAGGGCUGUGGCGGAGGCCGACCGGCUUUGAGAGACCCUGGCUGGGCAUCUAUCAGCAGAGGUGUGCUGGUUUGUGACGAGUGCUGCAGUGUGCACCGGAGCCUAGGACGCCACAUCUCCAUUGUCAAGCACCUUCGACACAGCGCCUGGCCUCCUACCCUGCUACAGAUGGUGCACACACUUGCCAGCAAUGGGGCCAACUCCAUCUGGGAACACUCCCUGCUGGACCCUGCACAAGUGCAAAGUGGCCGGCGCAAAGCCAACCCCCAAGACAAAAUCCACCCUAUCAAGUCAGAGUUCAUCAGGGCCAAGUACCAGAUGCUGGCGUUUGUGCACAAGCUUCCCUGCCGGGAUGAUGAUGGAGUCACUGCCAAAGACCUCAGCAAGCAACUGCACUCAAGUGUGCGGACAGGCAACUUGGAGACAUGUUUGCGCCUGCUUUCCCUGGGUGCACAGGCCAAUUUCUUCCACCCAGAAAAGGGCACUACCCCUCUACACGUGGCUGCCAAGGCAGGGCAGACACUACAGGCUGAACUUCUGGUGGUGUAUGGGGCUGACCCUGGCUCCCCUGAUGUCAAUGGCCGCACACCAAUCGACUAUGCCAGGCAGGCGGGGCACCAUGAACUGGCAGAAAGGCUAGUUGAGUGCCAGUAUGAGCUCACUGACCGGUUGGCCUUCUACCUCUGUGGACGCAAGCCUGAUCACAAGAAUGGGCAUUACAUCAUCCCACAGAUGGCUGACAGAUCUCGGCAAAAGUGCAUGUCUCAGAGCCUGGAUCUGUCCGAAUUGGCCAAAGCUGCCAAGAAGAAGCUGCAAGCGCUCAGCAACCGGCUUUUUGAGGAACUCGCCAUGGAUGUGUACGAUGAGGUGGAUCGAAGAGAAAAUGAUGCUGUGUGGCUGGCUACACAAAACCACAGCACCCUGGUGACCGAGCGCAGUGCUGUGCCCUUCCUGCCAGUCAAUCCCGAAUACUCAGCCACUCGGAAUCAGGGACGACAGAAACUGGCCCGUUUUAAUGCCCGAGAGUUUGCCACCUUGAUCAUCGACAUUCUCAGUGAGGCCAAACGGAGGCAGCAGGGCAAGAGCCUGAGCAGUCCCACAGACACCCUUGAACUGUCUGCACGGAGCCAAAGUGACCUAGACGACCAGCACGACUAUGAUAGUGUGGCUUCUGAUGAAGACACGGACCAGGAGCCCUUGCCCAACACGGGUGCCACUCGAAACAACCGGGCCAGGAGCAUGGACUCCUCAGACCUAUCCGAUGGGGCUGUGACGCUGCAGGAGUACCUGGAGCUGAAGAAAGCCCUGGCCACCUCCGAGGCCAAAGUGCAACAGCUCAUGAAGGUCAACAGCAGCUUGAGUGAUGAACUCCGGAGACUACAAAGGGAGAUCCACAAACUGCAGGCAGAGAACUUGCAGCUCCGGCAGCCACCGGGGCCAGUGCCCACGCCCCCUCUUCCCAGUGAACGGGCAGAACACACACCCAUGGGGCCUGGAGGAAGUACCCACCGAAGGGACCGUCAGGCCUUCUCCAUGUAUGAACCAGGCUCUGUCCUGAAGCCCUUUGGAGGCACGCCUGGGGAUGAGCUCACCACUCGCCUCCAGCCUUUCCACAGCACUGAGCUGGAGGACGACGCCAUCUAUUCAGUGCAUGUCCCAGCUGGCCUUUACCGAAUCAGAAAAGGGGUGUCUGCCUCUGCUGUGCCCUUCACUCCUUCUUCCCCGCUGCUGUCAUGCUCCCAGGAAGGAAGCCGCCACACGAGCAAGCUUUCACGCCAUGGCAGCGGUGCGGACAGUGACUAUGAGAACACACAGAGUGGAGACCCACUCCUUGGACUGGAAGGAAAGCGAUUCCUAGAGCUGGGUAAAGAGGAUGAGCUGCACCCUGAGCUAGAAAGCCUGGAUGGAGACCUAGACCCUGGGCUCCCCAGCACUGAGGAUGUCAUCCUGAAGACAGAGCAGGUUACCAAGAACAUCCAGGAGCUGUUGCGGGCAGCCCAGGAGUUCAAGCAUGAUAGCUUUGUGCCGUGUUCGGAGAAGAUCCAUUUGGCUGUGACUGAGAUGGCCUCUCUCUUCCCAAAGAGGCCAGCCCUGGAGCCUGUGCGCAGUUCGCUGCGGUUGCUCAAUGCUAGCGCCUACCGGCUGCAGAGUGAAUGCCGGAAGACAGUGCCUCCAGAGCCUGGUGCCCCUGUGGACUUCCAGCUGCUGACUCAGCAGGUGAUCCAAUGCGCCUAUGAUAUCGCCAAAGCUGCCAAGCAGCUGGUCACCAUCACCACCCGAGAGAAGAAGCAGUGACCACUUUCCCUUCCCUUACCCACACCCUGGGACCUCACUGGCCAUGGGAGCUGGGCCACUCCAGACACUAACUCACCCCAACAGAGCCACUGGCACAAGUGCCCUUAGUGCUGCCAUUUACCUCUGGCAGCCAGGCGCCCUGGUGCCCACUCCCUGAAGCCCCAAGGAUGGGAAGGUGGGGUGGCAGGAGCUUCUGUCCCCCACAUUCCAUGUCCCUCCCCUUGUACAUAGCAUCCUCUCCCUCUUAGCCCCUCACCCUACCUUCAGGGGCACCCUCAGCAAAGGGACAGGGACACUCCAAAUGGGGCAGCUCCGCAUACCUGCACCCUAUCUCCAUGAGCCAGUUUAGCCCUAUGGGGGCUGAGCAGGGGCGUCCCUCUCCUUUGUACAUUAUCUCUGGAUGUUCCUACCCUGUAGCGCCAGCCCCCCUUGCUGCUCUUCUUUCAUGCCAAAUGGUCCCUAGAGCACAGGCCCCAACUUGUGUGCCAGGGUCCCCAGCAGCAAACACUGGAAAGUCUUUUUCUCUCCUCUCCCUUACCCCUUAAUUUUAACUUUGUGGUAACUGAGUGUCCCUGUGUGCCUGAGUGAGUGAGCCGGCGGCAGUGCCGUUCCGGAGGCCAAGCCCACCUGGAGCUUUGUGGCAGGGGGCAGGGUACCAUAGUAAUGGGACCAGCAUUGGGGGCAGCUUCCUUCUCCCCCCCAUCUGGAGCAGGGGACUGUCAGGGUCAUCAGCUGUGGUCCUGUUGCUGCCCCUACUUAUACCCCUACCCUAUAAACUUAAAAGACCACUUCCCAUCUCCCUUGUGGGAAGUGUGCUGGCCAGGCAGAGGACAGAGCACCUGAGCCUGGGGCUGGCUCCCCAGGGUCCCCAACUCAGCUGUUGGCUGUGGAACUGAGCCCCUCUUCUUAACCUUUGCAAGGCCAACACCCACAUCACUACCUGCACCUAUGAUGACCCAUCCUCUGGAGGCCAGGGGAUCUGGCUGCAGCUGGAAAGGCUGGCAAGGUGACAGCACCCACCAGCUCUUCUCCCCAACCACCUCUCCCAUAGGGGGCCCAGCCCUCCCAGUGUCAUGGUGGGUGGCUGUCAAGACAUGUGUCAUGUACAUUUGUAUCAAAAAUAAAUAAGUGACCAUG